GCUAUUUAAAGAAACGUUUUCGUCCUUCAUCGUCUUUUAGUUUACAUUUUUUGCUAUUAAUCUAUCAUUUAAUCAACAAUGGCUGUAACUUGUUCAGACAUAUUUAAAAUUAUCGCUGCUGUCAUCCUUCCACCAUUGGGUGUGUUUUUAGAAAGAGGGUGUGUUGGCUCUUUCUUUCUUAAUAUAUUAUUGACAAUUUUGGGAUAUAUUCCAGGUAUUAUUCAUGCGUUGUAUAUCAUUCUAAAAUAUUAAUGAGCCAAUUGAAUAGGUGAGUUGUGGAUUACUGAAUGCGUUUCUUGCUGCUAUAUUAGUUGUGUGCAUACAUCUAACCAUUUAUUUAUUUAUAUAUAUUCAAACAGUUGAUAUAGUUGAAGAAUUGUUAUUUUAGCUAUAAUACACGUUGCUUGAUCC